UUCCAGCUCUGGGUGAAAAGAGUGAUCCUAAGCAAUCCUAAAGCUUUCAAUCAGCUGUUUACAUAAUGGUCAGCAAAGCUGGAAGAUGUAUAGACACUGCCCCCUGUGGUGAGCUAUUGAAUUGCAGUGAUUAGAUUUCAGGUCCUGAAAACAUCGCAACCAUGUUUAUGGGAAAUGAGAACAUCAUCUCAGUGGCCGAGGCCCUUAUUGCAUUAGUUGUGUUUUUCCUGGUCUUCAGCAUCACUAGAUCGUUUUGGAAGCGAACACCCCCUGGGCUGAAGAGACUCCCGGGACCGGUGGCAUACCCCCUGAUUGGCAACAUAGUCGAAAUGGGCAAGAACCCCCACUUAAGUUUCAGUCAGAUGAGAAGGAAAUAUGGAGAUGUCAUGCAAGUGCACAUUGGGAUGAGACCAGUGCUGGUCCUGAGUGGUCUGGAGACCAUCAAGCAGGCCUUGGUGAAGCAAGGGGAGGAGUUCAUGGCACGGCCCGACCUCUAUACUUUUAGCAUGAUUGCUGAAGGUCAGAGCUUAACGUUUGGGAGGGAUUCGGAGGCCGUGUGGAGAGUUCGCAAGAAAGUUGCCCAGAAUGCCUUGAAGUCCUUCUCCAGCGCUCCCAGCCUCACCUCGGCCUCUAGUUGCAUUGUGGAGGAACAUGCCACCCAAGAAGCCAGCUAUUUGGUCACCAAGUUGCUCCAGGUGAUGAAGGAAAAGGGCCGGUUUGAACCUUACCAGUACAUGGCAAUCUCUGUGGUCAACAUCAUUUGCGCCAUCACUUUUGGCAAGCGCUACAGUCACGACGACGAGGAAUUGCUCGGCAUCAUCCACCUCAUGGAUGAAGCUGAUAAGGUGGCUGGGUUGGGCAACCUGGCUGAUUUCAUCCCAGUGCUCCAGUACCUGCCGAACCCACUGAUGAAGAAGUUUAAGGUCUUAGUCGUGAACUUCCAGGCUUUCCUACAGAAGAAUGUCAACAAACACUAUGAGUCAUUCAACAAGGACUGCAUCCGGGACAUCACCGAUUCCUUGAUUGCCCAAAGCCAAGACAAGAAAUUCCUGGCCAAAAGCAGCGUCCAGCUCCCUCAAGAGAAAAUCGUCAACCUCGUGAAUGACCUCGUUGGAGCUAGUUUCGACACAGUGACGUCUGCCCUGUCUUGGAGCCUUAUGUAUCUGGUCAGUUACCCGGAAAUUCAGAAGAAGAUUCAAAAAGAAAUAGACCAGACCAUUGGCAAAGAGAGGACCCCCAGGUUGUCAGACCGGGCUUUGUUGCCAUAUACUGAAGCCUUCAUCCUGGAGGUGUUCCGACAUUCCUCCUUUUUGCCUUUCACCAUCCCCCACUGCACAACCAAGGACACCUCCCUGAAUGGCUUCUACAUCCCAAAGGAUCUGUGUGUCUUUGUCAACCAGUGGCAAGUCAACCAUGAUGAGACACUUUGGGAGGAUCCGUCCACCUUCCACCCCGACCGUUUCUUUUCUGCCAACGGGACCGAAAUCAACAGAGCAGAGAGCGAGAAGGUGAUGAUCUUCGGAAUGGGGAAGAGGAGGUGCAUUGGGGAAAAUCUGGCCCGUUGGGAGGUCUUCCUCUUCCUGACCACUUUACUUCAGCGGUUGGAGUUCACGGCGUCUGAUGGAAAGGGUGUCAACAUGACCCCUGAGUACGGACUCGUCAUGAAGCCUAAAAAAUGUGAGAACCUCCAGGUCAGGGAACGGGUCCCAAGGCAGAGCUCAGACUGACUCCCUAUAGACUAGUGUCUCUCAACCUUCCUAAUGUCGCGACCCCUUCAAUACAGUUCCUCGUGUUGUGGUGACUCCCAACCAUAACAUUAUUUUCGUUGCUACUCCAUAACUAAUUUUACUACUUUUGUGAAUCGCAAUGUAAAGAUUUGAUAUGCAGGAUGUAUUUUUA